CCUGUGUUACGGUUUAACGAGUGACCAUGUUAACUGGUGACCGUUAGCCUAAGAUCUCUAAGGUUGCCGUAGUUACGACAGCUGUUGAAGCAGGAAUAGACUGUAGCUGUCAAAUAAAACACCGAAGACGAAGCAGUGUUUCACCUGAUCGAUGGCAGCCUCAGGGAAACUGGCAUCUUUCCGUCUGCCUCCCUUGCCCACUGUGGGUGAGCUUAUAAAGCUGUACAACCUGCGAGCUGAGAAACAGCUUUCCCAGAACUUUCUGUUGGACUUGAGGCUCACAGACAAAAUAGUGCGUCAGGCAGGGAGUUUGAGAGAUGCCCAUGUGUGCGAGGUGGGUCCUGGUCCCGGGGGACUUACACGUUCCAUCCUCAAUGCCGGUGCAGCGGACGUGCUAGUGGUGGAGAAAGAUACACGCUUCAUCCCAGGGCUCAAGCUGUUGUCUGAGGCAGCACCAGGAAGGAUGAGGAUUGUCCACGGUGACAUACUCACCUACAGAAUGGACCGAGGAUUCCCAGUCAACAUCUCUAAGCCGUGGGAGGAAGGUCCACCAAACCUUCACGUCAUAGGGAAUCUCCCUUUCAACGUUUCUACCCCGCUCAUCAUUAAGUGGCUGGAGAACAUGGCCAACAAAACGGGGCCGUUCGCCUACGGACGCACCCAACUCACGCUCACUUUCCAGAAAGAGGUUGCAGAGAGGUUGACAGCCAGCACAGGCAGCAAACAGAGGAGUCGUCUGUCUGUUAUGGCUCAGUAUCUCUGCACAGUCCGCAACUGCUUCACCAUCCCUGGACGGGCCUUCGUCCCUAAACCAGAGGUGGAUGUUGGAGUAGUCAACUUCACCCCUCUGGUUCAGCCCCAGAUCCAGCAACCCUUCAAGCUGGUGGAAAAAGUCGUCAGGAAUAUUUUCCAGUUCCGCAGGAAGCACUGCCAUAAAGGAGUAGAAAAGUUGUUCCCAGAGGCAUGUCGCAUCGAGCUGACACAGGAGAUGAUGGAGAAGGCAGAUGUGGACCCCAUUCUACGCCCGACAGAACUUACCAUACCCCAUAUCAGGGCUUUAGCAGAUGCCUAUGCUCAUCUCUGUACCAAUGAGCCAAGUCUCCUCAGUUAUGAGUUCAGAGAGGAGCUCAGACUGAAGCACCUCACUGGGCAAAAACACAUACCAAUAGACACGUUUAUUGCCACGCCAACCGGCAUGCCACCAAGUCCUGAACAGCCCUGCUGAAAGAGAGACAAGAAGCCCAGAAACCUAGAGAAUUCCUUUAAUAGCCUCUGUUAACCGAGGGAGACAACCGACUGCUCUUAGCCUUGACAUUUCCACCUGGCAUAUGCAUGUAUUUUUAAAACGCUUUUCCCUGCACACAGGGAGCAAUCGGUAACUUGGUAUACAUGAAAUCCUGGAGCAGAGACAAGAACCACAUGGCACGUUAAGAUCCUGGGUGGGUUUUGGAUCAGCUCCAAGCCCCUUGUUCCAGGAUGCGAUAUCUCAAAGCAGAUAUGUGUUUUUGGGAGAAUAAAGAAUGCUUAUCACCUGUAAUAGCUCUUUAAAAGUGGGUAUCUAUAUGUCCCAGUUCUUACUUGAGAUUUAACUUGCAUAACACCUUGUCCUGUGGGACCUGAAGGAAAUGUCACUGUUUUCAGGGUGGUUUAGAGAAUGAGAACAACAUGGCAGCACCAUAUCCAGGCCAGUUUUUCCUUCCACUGUGUACUAUAUUGUAGUCACUUGGGAGUCAGAGCUUGAAGGGAAGAGGAAAGUGAUGGGAAUGUGUUGUAUUAAAGGAAGAGGAAUUGAUGCCUAUGUUUUUUUUAAAGAAAUUACAAACUUGCAUCAUAAAUGUUCAUGGAAGCACUGAUGUUACAUGUUUGUUACCUUUCCUGUACAGAAUACAGUAAUUAUGAAACGUA